AUUAUUAUUUAUUCAUUUAAUUAUUUUAUUUUUUUCCUCAGAAUACCCUAAACGCCGUUGUGUGAGAGAGAGAGAGAGAGAGAGAGAAAGAGAGAUUAUAAACUCCUCUGGUUCUUUUCAUCAAUAAUUUUUUUCUCUCUCUUCAAAAACCAAAAAACAAAAAACACUUCUGAAACUAUGGAAAUGGAAUCGUUCAUGGAUGACCUUUUGAACUUCACUGUACCGGAAGAGGACGACGAAGAAGAGACGCAACAGCCGAGGAAUAUAACUCGCCGGAAAACAGGAAUACGGCAAACGGAUUCUCUCGGUCUUUUGAACCACGGCGACCAUGGUGUGGUUGAGGAAGAGGAUUUGGAAUGGAUAUCAAACAAAGAUGCUUUUCCGGUAAUCGAAACAUUCGUCGGCAUGUUACCACCGGAACAUUUCCGUGUAACGUCGCCGGAGAGAGAAGCGAUUGAGGGAAAACAGCUGAGUCCGGUUUCAGUACUCGAGACGAGUAGCAAUAGCUCAACUACAACAACAACCUCAAACAGCAGCGGUGGAAGCACGGCUUUGGCAACAACCACCUCCAUGUUAAUGAGCUGCUGCGUUAGUUUUAAAGCGCCGGCUAAAGCGAGAAGCAAGCGUCGCCGCACAGGACGCCGUGAUUUGCGAGUUUUGUGGACAGGAAACGAAAUACAGAAGAAGAAAACUAUGUCGGCGGCGGCGGUGAUAAUAGGAAGGAAGUGUCAACACUGUGGAGCGGAGAAGACGCCGCAAUGGAGGGCGGGACCAUUGGGGCCUAAGACUCUGUGUAACGCUUGUGGCGUGAGGUAUAAGUCUGGGAGGCUUGUUCCGGAGUAUCGUCCGGCUAAUAGUCCAACUUUCACGGCGGAGUUACAUUCGAAUUCUCACCGGAAGAUUGUAGAAAUGAGGAAGCAGUAUCAGUCCGGUGACGGUGAUCAUCGGAAAGAUUGUGGAUAAUCAAAGUUUGUUAGGAUUCUUCUUUUUCUCUUUUUUUUUUGGAUUUUCUUUUCGUUAAUUUUUUUUAUUUGCUUGAAGUAUGUUUUAGGGUUUUGCAGUUGGAAUUUUAGGCUCUUUAUUUUGUGAAAUUAGGGGUAAUUAAUUACUAUUUAGGGGAUAUUAUGGUCAAGAAAUGGAAGAUAACUUUCUCAUUUUGCUGUUUA